AUGGGGCUGCCGCUGCUGAGCCCGUACCUGCAGUCGAUAGGGUCGGACUACCGGCACGGCGCCAACUUCGCGACGCUGGCGUCGACGGUGCUGCUGCCAAACACGUCGGUGUUCGUCACCGGGACCAGCCCCUUCUCCCUCGGCAUCCAGAUCAACCAGAUGAAAGAGUUCAGGAACAGAGUGCUCGCCUCCAAUUCCAAAGGCCAACUCCCUCGCCCGGAUGUCUUCGGCAACGCUCUGUAUACAAUUGACAUCGGACAGAAUGAUUUUACCUCAAACCUUGGAUCCCUCGGUGUCGAAAGCGUCAAGAGAAGUCUACCUUCAAUCGUCAACCAGAUCUCCUGGACAAUACAGGACUUGUAUAACAUCGGAGCUCGCAACUUCAUGGUGUUCAACAUGGCGCCCAUAGGAUGCUAUCCGGCAUUCCUCACGGAGCUUCCUCAUAACAGCAACGACUUGGAUGAAUUUGGAUGCAUGAAAAGCUACAACAGUGGAGUGACAUACUACAACCAGUUACUGAACAACAGCUUAACCGAGGUCAGAAAGAAGCUGCAGGAUGCGUCGAUCGUGUUUGUCGACAAGCAUACUGUAACGCUUGAACUGUUCCGACACCCAACUGCUCACGGGCUGAAGUACGGGACUAGAGCUUGCUGUGGAUAUGGCGGUGGAACGUACAAUUUCAAUCAGCAUGUUUACUGCGGAAACAGCAAGGUAGUGAACGGCAAAACUGCAACGGCAGGGGCUUGUGGAGACCCACAAAACUAUGUCAGCUGGGAUGGGAUACAUGCCACUGAAGCUGCAAAUAACAAGAUAGCAUAUGCAGUGAUCAGCGGCUCCUAUUCGUAUCCACCUUUCGAUCUUUCAAAGCUAUGUAGCCCUUAG